AUGUCUGCUCAGACCAUCCAAAAAGUUGCCAUUGUUGGUGCCACUGGCCGCAUAGGGGGCGCUUUUGCUAAAGCACUCGUGGAGGGUGGCAAGCAUACUGUCACAGCAUUGACUCGCGAGAACGGGGCGGAAAGCUCCCUGGGGGUGUUCAUGUUGCUAAGCGUCAGAGCCCCCCAAGAUCUGCAUAAGAGGAUUGCAGAUGCAGCAGGCAAGGCCGGCGUUUCUCUUAUUAUGCCGAAUGCCUAUGGCUACCCAAUCUCCGCUGGAGGCCCCCAGGAGGGGGAUGCGUAUGGAAAGGUAGCCUUUGACCGGGUCAACGAAACCAAGAAUGGUAUCUCUUCUUCAAUCAAGCUAUCUUGUGGCUUCUGGUAUGAGUGGAGCUUGGCUACAGGCGAGCAAUGGUUCGGCUUUACGAUCAAGGAUCGCAAGGUCACCUUCUUCGACGAUGGGAAGCGGACUAUCACUGUUAGUACUUGGGACCAAUGCGGCCGGGCCCUGGCGGCACUCCUAAGUCUUCCGGAGUCUGGCUCAAGCCCUUCACUCGCCGAUUAUAAGAAUGGAAAUUGCUCCAUCUAUAGCUUUCGAGUGUCCCAACGAGAUAUUCUGGACAGCCUCCACCGAGUAUUGGGCACAACUGACUCCGAUUGGGAGAUUAAAUACGAGGCGGUCGAGAAGCGCAUCAAAGAUGCUGCCGAGGAGUCUUCUCAGGGUCAAAUUACUGGUUUUGUCAAAAAGAUGUAUGGAAAGGUCUUUCUGGAUUCCAACGAAAUGAGUGACUUCGCGGCCAAGGGCUCGGAGAAUAUUUCUCUGGGGCUUCCCAAGGAAGAUCUCGACGAAGCAACAAAGAGAACAGUGGAAAUGGUCGAGAACGGCUGGAACCCUUUCGGAUAG